GAGCGGGCGGGAUGAGGCUGGGCUGCCGGAGGGAGCAGGCUCGCUAGGCCUCCGCCAUGCUGGGGGUCCGGGGCGGGUGGCAGGCCCUUCGCCACUGCUCCUCCCUGCCUCGGGCGGUGCGGCUACGGGUCCGCGAAGCGUUGGGGGCCCGGCAGCCGGUUGGCGAGGUUAAAGUGCAGGGGUGGGUCCGCUCUGUCCGAUCCCAGAAGGAAGUUUUGUUCCUGCAUAUAAACGAUGGGAGUUCUCUGGAAAGCCUCCAGGUGGUUGCUGAUCCCAGCCUGGAAGAUAGAGACCUGACUUUUGGAAGCGCAGUGGAAGUGCGAGGAAAACUGGUCAAAAGUCCUCAUAAGAACCAAAACAUGGAGCUGAAAGCUGAAACCAUCCGUGUGGUGGGACCUUGUGAUACUUGGCUGUUCCCCCUGAAAAUGAAGGAGAGGCACCCGCUGGAGUAUGUCCGACAGUUCCCUCACCUGCGAUGCAGAAACAACACGCUUGGCUCCCUCUUGAGAAUCCGCAGUGAAGCCACUGCAGCCAUCCACUCAUUCUUCCAGGAUAAUGGCUACGUGCAUAUUCAUACUCCCAUAAUUACAUCAAAUGACUGUGAAGGUGCCGGGGAACUCUUUCAAAUUGAGAUGUCACAUGAGACAAGGGAAUCUGCGCAAAAGACUCAUUUCUUCAAUGUUCCUGCCUUCCUGACGGUUUCUGGCCAGCUCCAUUUGGAAGUGAUGGCGGGGGCUUUUACCCAUGUGUUUACCUUUGGCCCGACGUUCCGAGCGGAAAACUCGCAGAGUCGCCGGCACCUGGCGGAGUUCUAUAUGGUGGAGGCUGAGCUGUCCUUCACUGAAAGCCUUCAAGACAUCAUGCAGGUUAUGGAAGAUCUUUUCAAGACGGCAACAAGCACCGUGCUCUCCAGAUGUCCUCAUGAUGUUGAGCUUUUUCAUAAACACAUAGCUCCUGCCCAGAAGACCAAGGACAGGUUGGAACAAAUGCUGAAGAACAAAUUUGUGACAAUUUCCUACAAUGAAGCAGUGGAAACUUUGAAGCGAGCUUCUCAAACUUUCACUUUCAAGCCAGAGUGGGGCUGUGACCUCCAAACAGAACAUGAAAAGUACCUGGUGAAGCACUGUGGUGACGUUCCCGUGUUUGUGAUUAACUACCCGUAUGACCUCAAACCUUUCUACAUGCGGGACAAUGAAGAUGGACCUCAACACACGGUUGCAGCUGUUGACCUCCUCGUACCAGGAGUAGGGGAGCUGUGUGGAGGCAGUUUGAGAGAGGAGCGACUGCCCUUCCUCGAAUCACGCUUACAGAGAUUAGGACUCGCAGAUGCCUACCAAUGGUAUCUAGACCUCCGAAAAUUCGGCUCAGUUCCUCAUGGAGGCUUCGGAAUGGGAUUUGAACGCUACCUGCAGUACAUCUUGGGAGUUGACAAUAUCAAAGACGUUAUUCCUUUCCCCAGGUUUUCUCACUCCUGUCUCCUGUAGCUCGGCACUUGACUCAGGUGGAGAAAACUGCUGGUGCGACGAUACGUAUAUAACGUAUUAGGAUACGAACAAGUGUGUUUUAAUAGGAAAUCAAGCUAAUUUUUAUAUCAGCAAAACCCUUGGUAAAUUUAAUACUGAAAAUCGAAUUGAAUAUUGAAAAUUAUGUUCUGGUGAGACUACGGAAGCACACUUGCAGUCAGUUUGAUGGCAGUUCAUGUCUUCAGUGCGCUUCAGGAGUGUUAAUAAAUCCCACUUAACUUAAGGGUUAAGAUUCUCGCGAGACCAGUACGAGACAUUGAAGUACUGAAUAAGUGUUGUUGGGAGGUAGUGGGGGGGUUUAUGUGAAAUAUUAAUAAGGAGGUGUGACCUAAAAUGGUCUGGGAGCCAGGACUGCUGUGAGGCUUUAAUAGGCUUUAAUUAAAUGCCUGCACAGUGCUUUGAAGACAGAGUGUUAUAAAACGGUGAAGUAUUGUUAUGGCUGUGAUGCACUUGCUCUUAUGAAAUAGCUACUAUAAAGCAUGGUUCUCCCCACUCCGAGUUAAAAGCAAAUAUUAUUUACCUUGGCGAAAUCAGCCAAACCUAGCAAGGAAGAAUGUCACAUUGGAACUGCUGGAGCGCGUUAGGUGCAUGAUGUUGAUUUUGUGAAUCAUCAAUAAAGAUGUACGCUGGG